GUCGCUAAGGAAUAUGGCGCUUCGGAGGGGCUGAGUUUCAUGAUAGUCUGGUUUGAUUUAUUCCCCUCAGUCUACGUUUAUGCGAAUAACACCAAGCGGCGUACACCAAAUAUGAUAUUCCGACGGGCUUGUUCUCACCUUUUGUCCGCAUCGACAGCGGGAACGGGCGUUGUAUAGCCGCGUUCGUUGUCGGGUGCUAAGACUGUUAUCAUUGAAAUGCUAGCUAAAGCUAAUGGCUAAAGAACGACAGAAUGCUUGUGUCUGUGCCACCUACACGGGCAUUUAUUGUAAUCCAAUGACUGAAACACGAUUUGUCAUCAUUCCCGGGCCUCAAUUGUUGACGACGACCAUUCCAAGCGUCUAGUGGGGUGUUUAGAAGCUAAAUUCGGAGGAUGAAGAGCUGUCAUGGAUAUGUUUUGCUGCUGCUCAACGCAAUCUUGCUGUGGGCAUACUGGCCGGUUCAAGGUGCGCCUCUUCAGGAUCAGCACACUACAGCCAGAGGCGCAGGGGAUGCGUUUUACGUGUCCCUCUCCUUGUCCGUGACGGCGUUAGUGGCCCUGGUGGUGCUGCUGGUGAACUGCGUGACAUGCUGCAAGGAGAGAGAGAUCAACUUCAAGGAAUUCGAAGACCACUUUGACGAUGAGAUCGACUUCACGCCGCCAGCUGAGGACACGCCGUCUAUGCAGUCGCCGGCCGAGGUGUACACCCUCGCCGUUUCCCCCGUUGCCUUGCCGGGACCUGUGCACCUUCAACCUCCGGCUUAUAUCACAGAAGGAUCGACAGGCUUCCAGGUAGCCCGUCAUAGUCUGAGUUACAUCCAGGAAAUUGGUAAUGGAUGGUUCGGCCAGGUAAUCCUGAGUGAAAUCUACACAGAUCCAGGUGGCACCAGAGUGAUCGUGAAGGAGUUAAAAGCCAAUGCAAACGCUAAGGAGCAGAAUGAUUUCUUGCAGCAGGGGGAUCCUUACAGAGUAUUGCAGCACCCCAACAUCCUCCAGUGCCUUGGCCAGUGUGUGGAAGCCAUUCCCUUUCUGCUUGUUUUUGAGUACUGCGAAAUGGGGGAUUUGCGCGGCUAUCUGUCUCAGCAGGACCGAACGUUUCGAAGUGCUGAGACACUGCAGCUGCAAAGGAUGGCCUGCGAAAUCGCUGCCGGUCUCACUCACCUCCACAAAUACAACUUCCUGCACAGUGAUUUAGCUCUGAGGAAUUGCUACCUGACGACGGAUCUUACAGUCAAAGUCGGAGACUAUGGAAUCGGACCCUAUGCAUAUAAAAAGGAUUAUAUCAUCACAGAGGACGAUGUAUUCGCGCCUCUUCGUUGGUUGGCCCCGGAGCUGGUGGGGGAGCGCCACGGGGGUGUGAUCGCCUUGGAGCCUACCAAGCCUGGCAAUGUUUGGUCAUUGGGGGUUACUUUGUGGGAGCUUCUGGAGAAUGCCAGUCAACCAUAUCCACAUCUGUCAGACCGGGAGGUUCUCAAUCAUGUGAUCAAGGAGCAGCAAGUCAAACUCUUUAAGCCACAACUCGAUCUCCCUUAUUCUGACAGAUGGUACGAGGUCCUGCAGUUCUGCUGGCUCUCUCCUGAAAAGCGCGCCACAGCCGAGGAAGUCCACCGUUUACUCAUCUAUCUGCGCAUGCAAGGCCAAAGGGACAUGGAAGAAGACUUUGAGCAACGCUGGGACGCUCUCAAGCCGUGCGUUUCCACACGCCAGACCACCGUUAGCCACUCCUCCUUUCCUAUCCUGGAGCAGUUCGGGGAUGACGCGCUGCAGCAAGACAUCGACGAGGUGCUGACAGUCACCGAAACGAGCAAAGGACUCAGUUUCGAAUACGUUUGGGAGGCAGCCAAGCAAGACCACUACGACGGCAGCCAUUCUCACCCGGGCGCCGACACAACGGUGAACUACCACAGCAUGUUCUUUCCGGUUUCCACCGAAGACAUCCGGGCCCAUUUCCCGGAUCCUGACGCGAGAUCGCCUGCUGCUGACCGUGGGAACACUCCUUCCGGGAAACCUGGGAUCGUGCCAGUGUUCGAUGCCCAGAAGCUGGCUAACACCAAUGGCUAUUACGUACAGCUUGAGGAUCAAGCAGAAGAGAGCAUUGUUGGACAAGAUGGGGCUCAAAAGACAGGCUUCAAUUCAAGCCAACAAGACUUUGUUGUUCUCCAAGACGUUCGUUUAGAUGAAUCCAGCACGGAUGCUGACUUUUUUCACCACAGCAUUGACUCUAAGGACUCCUAUUUACCAGACAGUCAUAUCUGGUCAUCUCUUGAAAACGACAGUCCAUAUCACACAAAUAUUUUUACCGAGGGAGAGUCCAAACAGGAGGACUCUGUGUCUUGGAGACACGAUUUUGUGGAGUUUCCGCAGCGCAAUGGGAACCCUUUUUGUGUAAAUAACGCUUCAGAUGAACAAGACGUAAAUGCGCGGGAUUCUUUUUUAGGGAGUUGUUCAGAAGCCGCUCACCGGACUUUGGAGGAGGACAGAGCUGAUGCUGAGAGGCUUCUGAACACUGAAAGACUGGUAGAAAAUUUUAUCUUUCUUAAGGAACAGGAGCUGAUGAAAGACGGCCCACGCUUUCGAAAUUCACAGCAGAAUUUUCUAUCACCCGGCGUCGUCCACGAACCGGAGGAAACCUUCAAAAUGGCUUCAUGGGACAACUUGGACCCUUACGGCAGCUUAAACACAACAGAGAACUACUUGACACCUGCUUGGAGUAGCACAUCCCCAAGACGGGGACUUUUGGACCCGUCGAGCAGCAACUUCGGGGAGCAUAAUCCGUUUCGUGUACAAAAUCAAACUCCGGUGCCUUCCAUUACUGUUGUUUCAGAAGAUGACAUAAACGACCACCUGCCAGUUAGCAAAAGUUCUUCCGCUGAGGACCUCACCCUGCUCCAACCCCCGGACGGAGGCGUAGACUCUGAUCUUAAUUCUACCUCGCAGAGAUUGGACAUUAUCGUUAGUCAGACAUACAAUCAGAUUCCUGUCUUCUCGGAAAGUGCCACUACAGAAGUGUCUUGCACCACUGCCAAUCUGUCCAACCUUGAUGUUGAGACCUCAAACGGUAGCGAUAUACAACUCUCACCUGAGAAAUCACAUAUUCAAGCGUCCGUUUCGGACAGCGGACACGUCGACGAUCUGACGAAUGCUGAUCUAUUGAGCGAACUCAUCGCGGAUGUGGAAAUGGAAUCAACUCUGUCCGACCACGAAGAACUAUUUACAGAUACCGACGGACGACCUCUCGGCAGAUCUUCUCUGCUGGUUUCUGGGCCUUCUUUGGACCAGAUUAGUCAGGACAGCUUGCUAGAGGACAGCGUGUCCACCACAUUACAGACUGUAGACCACUCCGCGGAGACGCCGGACUCUUUAGACUCUCUGGAUAUUCACCGGUUCGGAGAUCACCACAAGCUCCAGCCUCCGUAUAAAAUCGCCGACAGCGGUUACGAGACGGAGAACCUAGAGUCUCCUGAAUGGAACUCUCAGCCUAACGAUAAAGACCUCUCCCCUACCGAAAAUGGCGAGAGGGUAGCUCAAAAGAUAAACAAAACCGAAGAGACCGCCGUUGCAGUGAACCAUCUGGUUCCUCCGGAAAUUAUCAUCUCCGAAGCAGACGGCACGCCAGAUGCUCCUGGCGAGGACUGCGAUGAUGUCGUUCCUGUCGAAGAGCCUCUCGUAAAUAGUAAUUACAGAGACUCCGCCUACUUUUCUGACAAUGAAUCGGAGCCGGAGAAGAAAGCCGAAGAAACAAACGCAGAUGGUUCCGUUGAGGCCACAACACUGCGGAACUCUACCGAAGUGUCGGUCCCUGUGACGGAAAGUCUGACGGAGAAUCUUGAGGAGUCUUUAAGACCGCAACGAGAAAGUUCUGCUGCCCCUGAAAUACACGGUGACAUCAGAGAAGAAGCAAACACUUCUCUAGAGACUCCUACGGAUGUCAAGGAGGUCAAAGAACCUUCGAUCUGGCCCCAUCACGACGGAGACGUAUCAGACUUUUUCUUCGACGUACCAGAGUUUUCCGAGCCAAAUCAGCUUUCGCCCUCUGAGGACACCGUUCACGCUAAGUUAACCCGGGCCCACACCGGGGAGGCACAUAAGAUUAAAGAGCCCGACAUUGAGGGCCGCUACUUAGCCCGGCGGGACGGCCCUGAGGACGGAGCGGAUGCUGACGAAGAGAACGAAAACAGCGACGACUCUGACGAUGACGUUCACGCCUACCAGCUGCGCAGCUCCAGCUCUGAGAGCGAGGACGAAUGCGCGUACGCCGUGCCACUCGUCAUCUCGGACGAAAGUCACGGCAAGAACCUAAAGAGCCUGUUGAAACCCGCCACCCUGAGUGUCCGAGCUCCGUCCCCCUCGGGCACCGCCACCCAAAGAGCCGUGUCCUUCUUUGAUGAUGUCACAGUCUACCUCUUUGACCAGGACACCCCCACCAAGGAGCUAGGUGACCAUGCGUCAGGCUCCAACACACAUACACCUCAGUUCAGCAGCCCGGAGCCGAGUUCUAGCUACCGCUUCACCAACUCUGAGAGCUCAACAGACGAAGAAGGCGGAGGUUUCGAGUGGGACGAUGACUUCCCCUCAACGCCUGCCUUCCCCUCCAAGACGCACAAAGACCCGUCGGCAUCAGAGAGUUUGGCGGUGGCAGCCAGCGUACCAACCCUGGCUGUGUCGACGUCCGGCUGGGGAAGCUCGUCCAACUACUCGCGCUUCUCCAUCUCGCCGGCGAGCAUCGCUAGCUUCUCCCUGACACACCUCACUGACUCGGACAUCGAACAAGGAGGAAGCAGCGAGGAUGGCGAAAAAGACUAAGCUGCUGAUCGAAGGCCACUCCACUAGCUGUCAUCACACCAUCCAACACUUGCACUUUUUUGUGGGAUCGGCUCCAGAACCGAAGAAAAAAGCGGAAGCAGUCGAAACGGGAGCCCGCCAGGCGCUUGACUCCGAUUCCCAGAAGUUUUACUUCCGCGUGACGUCGGGGCAACAUUCACGUCGCCCCGCACAAAAACUAAAAUAUUUAAGAUUAUUUUUGGGGGAAAUGCAUUGUGAUAUCACAGCCAAAUAGGAAGAAACUUUAAAUUAUCUGCAACUCUUGUUGACAUCAUCACUGCCAUUGCUCCUAUUUGUGAAGUGUUUUUUUUUUUUUUUGGGUCAGUUUUCUAUCCAUAAAAAAAUGUUCACGAUCUCCGAUUUGGAGAGAAACUUUGUCUAGUAAAGGUUUUUUUGUUGUUUUUUUCCCCCGACAGGCUAGUACAUUGAGCUUUAACUGGAAAUCAAGUAUAGUGGUACCUCUACUUACGACAUUAAUUGGUUCUGGAUGUAGUCUCGUAACCCGAAAAUUUCGUGAAUAGAAACUCGUUUUACAUGUAAAUGCUCCAAUCCGUUCCAAGCACUACUGACACGCAACAUUAAAUUUUAUAAUUGGGGUAAAAUUGGAAUAAAACCACAGCAAAACUCAUUUGAAUCAUUCCAUAUACCUAACCCAUUAGUACCUGUAAUGAAGUAGAUAAUAGAAAUAAAUAUAGUUACGAAAAUAAAUAUUUGAACACCCUGCUAGGUUCUCCCACUUAGAAAUCAUGGAGGGGUCUGAAAUUUUCAUCAUAGGUGCAUGUUCACUGAGAGAAAGAAUCUAAAAAGAAAAUCCAGAAAUCACAAUAUGAUUUUUUUUUAGCAAUUUGUGUGAUACAGCUGCAAAUAAGUGUUUUAAUACCUGAGAAAAUGAAUGUUAAUAUUUGGUACAGUAGCCUUUGUUUGCAAUUACAGAGGCCAUACCUUUCCUGUAGUUUUUUUUACCAAGUUUGCACACACUACAGGAGGGAUCUUGGCCCACUCCUCCACUCAGAUUUACUCUAGAUCAGUCAGGUUUCUGGGCUGUCGCUGAGUUUUAGCUCCCUCCAAAGGUGUUCUAUUGGGUUUAGGUCUGGAGACUGGGUAGGCCAUGCUAGAACCUUGAUAAGCUUCUUACGGAGCCACUUGUUGGUUUUCCUGGCGGUGUUCUUUGGUUCAUUGUCAUGUUGGAAGACCCAGCCAAGACCCAUCUUCAAUGCUCUGACUGAGGGAAGGAAGUUGUUCCCUUGCCUGGCACGGCCAGACUGUUCUCCCUGUAUUUUUCAAACACUGAGAGAAAAGUCUGGGAACCAGCCCAUUAACGGCCUCUCGAGCAGGUACAAAAUCAAUCGACAAAUCAGAUUCGUUUAUUUGCGUGACGUGUUCUUAACGAGCAACGUCACUCUUUCGCGUCGGAAGUCGUCUCCACAACAACACAGAUGGUGAACAGGAGAGCCGAGAAUAUGUUCCAAUCCACGUUAAAAUCAGUUUUAAAUGACCAAAAACACAUCGACACGAGUCAUCGACAACAGCCUGUCUCGCGCUAGCCAUGUUGAAUAAACUCUGCUCUCCUCGUAUGUUUUCCUUCGCACGCAAGUCCCUCGUCCUGCCCUCGUCGUUUUACUAACGUCACGUCUGCCCGUCGCUGAUUGGUCCACUCCGCUGUCUGUCUGGUGUGGCUUGCUCCGCCCUGGAAAUUGUAUCCGCUGAAUGGUGGCCAGACUCAAUAGCUGGAACAGCGGUGAGUCUGGUGUACCAGGCAAGUUCCCCAAAAUCUCACAAUACAGGGCCCCAAUCAUCCUCUCUUUAAUACAGUGCACUUGUCCUGUCCCAUGCACAGAAAAACACCCCCAAAGCAUGAUGCUACCACCCCCAUGCUUCACAGUAGGGAUGGUGUUCUUGGGAUAGUACUCAUCAUUGUUGUUUCUCCUAGUUUGUGAAAUUAUGACAAAAAAAGUUCUAUUUCGCUCUCAUCUGACCACAAAACUUGCUCCCAUGACUCCUCUGCAUCAUCCAGAUGGUCAUAGGCAAACUUAAGACAGGCGUUAACCCUUUAUUGCCAAAUGUAUCACAUUUGAUACACCUAAAAUUUCAUGAUUUUGAGACUAAUUCAGAAUUUUGACAUCUUUUUGGAAAAAAAAAAAAAAAAAAAGAUGGAUGCAAGUCAACACAUGCAUCUGCAGGUUCCAUGAGAAAAGGAAGCAGACUUUAGCAAGGGUUAUAGAUAUUAGAGCGCUUAUUACACAUAUUCAUUUUGACUUUUUUACAAAUUUGAAAAAAAAGGUUUCAUUAGGACCUUAUUUUUCAAAUUUUGGGAUUCUCUGAUAAUUGCUUCAUGUUGCAGGUAUUUGAGGGUUAACAUGUGCAACUUUAAGCAGGGGAACCGUCCGUGCCAUAUAUGAUUGGAAACCAUGACGUCUUAGUAUAUUAGCAACAGUAACCUUGGAAACUGUGGUCCCAGUUCUUUUCAGGUCAUUGACCAACUCCUGCCGUCUAAUUCCGGGCUGAUUCUUGACAUUUUUCAGGAUCAUUGAGACCCCAUGAGGUGAUAUCUUACAUGGGGCUCCACUCCGAUUUAUAUUGACAGUCAUGUUUAGCUUCUUCCAUUUUCUAAUGAUUGCUCCAACAGUGGACCUUUUUUCACAAAGCUGCUCUGUAAUUGCGCCGUAGCCCUUUCCAGCCUUGUGGAGGUGUACAAUUUUGUCUCUGGUGUCUUUGAACAGCUCUUUGGUCUUGGUCAUGUUACAAGUGAAGUCUUACUGAUCGUAUGGGGUGGACAGGUGUCUUUAUGCAGCUAUCAACCUCAAGUGCAUCUGAUUCAGGAUAAUGCAUGCAGUGGAGGUGGCCUUUUAAUAGGUGGACUAACAGGUUUUUCAGGGUCAGAAUUCUAGCGGAUAGGUGUUCACGUACUUAUUUGCAGCUGUAUCACACAAAUAAAUGUUAAAAAAAUCAUGCAUUGUGAUUUCUGGAUUUCUCAUUUUAGAUCUCUCUCACAGUGGACAUGCACCUACAAUGAAAAUUUCAGACUCCUCCAUGAUUUCUAAGUGGGAGAAAUUGCAAAAUAGCGGGGUGUUGAAAUGCUUUUCUUCACUGUAUACAGUACAGUCCCUGACAAAAGUUUUGUCGCAACAAUUGCUAAUAACCUGACUUUUAAUGAUUUAAUUGGUUUCAGAAAUUGCCCAUAUGAAAGCUAAGACCCUCCCAGAUGAUGUUGAAUGUACAAAAAUAUUAUUUGUUUCACUGAAAAAAGGACUGCAUCGAUGCGGUUCGACAAGGAUUCAUACAAUUUAUUGAUGAAGUCAUCAGGAACAUCUAAGAAAGCAGUCUUGCAUGCCUCCCAAAGUUCAUCAAUAUUCUUGGGUUUCGUCUUCCAUGCUUCCUCUUUCAUCCUGUUCAUGUCUGGUGACUGGGCUGGCCAGUCCUGGAGGAUCUUGAUCUCUUCUUUGCCUUGAGGAACUUUGAGGUAGAGAUUGAAGUAUGCAAUGGCGCACCAUCCUGCUGCAGAAUUUGUCCCUUUUUAUGGUUAGGAAUGUAAGAGACAACUAAGAUUUGUUGAUAUUCCAGACUAUUUACGUUGCCUUCCACCCUGCAGAUCUCUCGCACACCCCCAUACUGGAUGUAACCCCAGAUCAUGAUUUUGCCACCACCAAACUUCACUGUUUUCUGCGUGAAUGUCGGAUCCAUGCGGGCUCCAGUAGGUCUCCUGCAAUAUUUGCGGUGACUGUGGUGUAAUUCAAUGGAAGAUUCAUCUGAAAAAUCCACCUUUUGCCACAAAACUGAAGUUUGGUGCCUAGAUCGAUGGUGCCUAUCUCAGUCUUUGUGACAAAAACGCGAGGAGACCUACGCGCUAAUGCAAUGAACCAUCUGUGGGCUUAAAACGAUAAAAACACGAUGAGCCUUGUGCUCAUUUGGCUCAGACAUUGCUCUAGCAACAAUAACACCAUAGCGCCUGUGCACGUCAUCAUACUGCGAUGCCCAAACGUCAUCAACAAUAGGCCAAUAGGAGAGCAGCAUACUAAAAGGAUGGGAAAUAUGACCAAUAGGGCAGCAGGAUCUUAUAGCUCGUAAAGCAGGAAGUACAUAUGUAUCUUUUACAGUAUUGUAUAGCAUUUUUGCCUUCAAAUCUGAAAUUUCUUAACAAGAGACAAUAUUUUCCAGUUUAAACGUGUCGUAACCUGAAAAUAACGUUUGUAGAGACGUUUGUAAGUAGAGGCACCACUGUACCAUGUUUUUUGGACUAUAAGUCGCACCAGCCAAAGAUGCCACAAUGAAGAAAAAAUUUCCUCUGGAGUAUAUUAUUAGAUGGAGCAUUUUUUUGUUGUUGAAUUUAUGAGAAACCAAGAACAAAUAAUGGCAAAAUGGAGAACAACAGGCUAACUUGGCAUCUGUAACAAAACAUUGUUUUUUGCCUAACUACAGCCUAAACACAACAUAAUCAGGUGACUUAAAGAUAAAAACAGAAGUUGCACCUGAGUCGCAGGCUCAGCCAAGUGCGAUUUAUAGUCCAGAAAAGAUUAUAUAUCCAAUUAUAUUCUGGGUAUUCUUAAUAUCCUAGUUAAAGUACAUGUACUCUUACACUUGCCAUCAGUGUGCAAAAUUGUCUUAUGAGUUGUCUUAUGAUUUAAAAUCCAUCUUUAUCCUUAUAAAGAUGGAUUAUAAAGGUUAUAGAAUGAAUGCUUGAUAACCUUGAAAGGCUAUGUACUUGCAAUUUCUUGGGAGUUGAAUGUCGCGUACCCUGACACGAACCCAAUUGAAAUUCAAUCAAUGUGACAAACCAGUUUUGUAAAUAAUAAAACGGCUGCUCGCUUGGGUUCAUAACACUACCAAAUUUUAUUUUCGAACAACACUAUUUGAAAUUUGUUAAAAAAAAAAAAAAAAGAACAAAAAAAUUGUGCAAUGAUUUGAACGCAAAGCUCGUCUUUUGCCUUUAUUUUCAUUUUUAUUGUGAUUUGAUGUUUUAUGGACAUAAUUUCUUUACAAAUGUUAUUUUACCCCCUUCCACUUUGUAUUUAAUUUUCUUUUCAGACCCAAAGAACCUCAAGACAGGAAUGCAAGUGCUUGUGUAUCAGUGUGAAUGAAUUAUAUAUAAAUUCAAACUGGCUAUCAGGGACUUAAGCACCCCCGUUAACUGCUUUGACCCCCACUUAUGUGUAGUCGACGCCACUGCGCCCCCUUUUCAUUGAAUCCCGGGCGCCCGAUCCAAACUUGAAGGUUUAUUUAAGAGACUGACUGGAUGACGCUUGCUUCAUCUUGCACAUUUGACAAACUUUAACUGACAUGUAUUAACAGUACUGAUGUAAAUGAUCUGGGGACGAGGUUUGAUUGUAUGAACAUAUCGUAGUUGCAGUUCAAUGAGAAGAUGACGAUGGCGGCGGAAAGGCGCUGUUGAGACCUGUUCAUUUUAAGUGAUUUUUACUUCCCAUUGAUCACGCGUUAGUGUCAUUGAAUGAGAUGUUUAUAAUUACACCGUUUAAUAUGAAAAUAAAUGAAAAUGAACUACAGAA